AUAUUAAUGACUCACAGCGCAGCGAGCUGUACAGGAAUAUAAUUCCUUCUUCCUGCUUCUCAGAACGCCCUUAUUUCUUCAUUUCUUCCCUGCUCAGAACAAACCCAUGCUCGCACCGUGUGAAGCUGGCACAACCAUUCCGUUCCGAGCAGGGCCAAGCAUGUAAGAAGAUGUCUGUAGGCUGCGCUUGCCCCGGCUGUUCCUCCAAGUCGUUCAAGCUGUACUCUCCAAAGGAGCCCCCAAACGGCAGCGCCUUCCCCCCCUUCCACCCGGGCACUAUGCUAGACCGAGACGUGGGUCCAACACCUAUGUACCCCCCUACAUAUCUAGAGCCCGGAAUAGGGAGACACACGCCGUACGGGAACCAGACAGAUUACAGGAUAUUCGAGCUCAAUAAGCGUCUACAGAACUGGACAGAGGAGUGUGACAAUCUCUGGUGGGAUGCCUUCACUACAGAGUUCUUUGAGGAUGAUGCCAUGCUGACGAUCACUUUCUGCCUGGAAGAUGGGCCCAAGAGAUACACAAUUGGUCGGACGUUGAUUCCUCGCUAUUUCCGCAGUAUCUUCGAAGGGGGUGCCACUGAGCUGUACUACGUCUUAAAGCAUCCUAAGGAAUCAUUUCACAAUAACUUUGUGUCUCUGGACUGUGACCAGUGCACUAUGGUCACACAGAAUGGAAAGCCCAUGUUUACACAGGUGUGUGUGGAGGGCAGGCUGUACUUGGAGUUCAUGUUUGAUGACAUGAUGAGGAUAAAGACAUGGCAUUUCAGCAUAAGGCAGCACCGCGAGCUUAUUCCUCGCAGCAUCCUCGCCAUGCAUGCCCAGGAUCCCCAGAUGUUGGACCAGCUGUCUAAGAACAUCACAAGAUGUGGCCUCUCAAACUCCACGCUGAACUAUCUCAGACUGUGUGUAAUUUUAGAGCCCAUGCAGGAGCUGAUGUCCAGGCACAAGACCUACAGCUUAAGUCCCCGUGACUGCCUCAAGACAUGCCUGUUUCAAAAGUGGCAGAGAAUGGUAGCGCCCCCAGCGGAGCCGGCGAGGCAGCAGCCCAGCAAGCGCAGGAAACGGAAGAUGUCAGGAGGCAGCACCCUGAGCUCUGGAGGGGGGACCAACAAUAACAGCAACAGCAAGAAGAAGAGCCCAGCCAGCAGCUUCGCUCUCUCCAGUCAGGUACCUGAUGUGAUGGUGGUGGGAGAGCCCACUCUGAUGGGAGGGGAGUUCGGGGACGAAGACGAACGUCUGAUCACACGGUUGGAGAACACGCAGUUUGACGCCGCCAAUGGCAUCGACGACGAGGACAGUUUCAACAACUCCCCAGCGCUGGGAGCCAACAGCCCCUGGAACAACAAAGCUCCCUCCAGCCAGGAGAGCAAGAACGACAACCCCACAUCGCAGGCAUCCCAGUAAAAGAGGGGAGGAGGGGGGCGCAGCAAGGGAUGGGACGAGAUCCCAACUGUGUAGGGACUCCCUGUAAAACACAUUCUAAACCGUGCUAUUCCACUCCGGUCCUUCAGCUCUGUACAUGCUGGCACACCGCACUCUGCUUUAAUGGAUCACACAGAUUUGGAUAAGAUCACAUGGAAGCAGUAAGGUCCAGUGUUUUCCAGCCUGUGGAAUUCAUAUUGGGAACUGCUGCGUUGCACACAGCGAGGUGCAACAGUGAUGCUGCUGGCUGAAGUGCUACUGAAAUACAGCAGGAGUUUGUAAGCAAACAGUUUGUUAACAGUGCAAUGGAAUCAGAUCAGUGCCAGCUUUGUUCCAACCAGAAUCUUUUUUUUUUAAAGCACGCUUUGCUAUCUGGUGUGCAUUAAAAACAGCAAUCCAUGUCAGAAUCCAAGACUUUAGUCUGGAUUUUCUUUCUGUGCACUUCAGGCUACGAUGCAAAUUUGUAAAAUUUAAAUUAUUUUUUUUUUAGGACCUGGUUGGAACAAAAACCCGUACUGUCCUGGAGCUCGAGGACCGGAGUUGAGAACCACUGCAUUAAAACUUAUACAAACAAGCAGUAGAGCAUUGAGGUACUUGGGAUCUGGUUGUGCACAGCCAGAUAUGAUGUUUUACUUGGGAACACAACGCCAGAUUUGCUCACAUACCCUGAUUUAUACAAGUAGUUUCCAAUUAUAUAUAAUUUUUUUUUUUUUUUUUUGAAGGGAUUGUCUGUUUUAUUAUUUCCAGCUAUGUUUAAACUCAGUAAUGUCUUUCUUUUUUUGUUAAUCAAAUUUUGAUAAUUGCCAGGAGUCUGAAAUUUUUACAGAACAAAAAAUGCAAUGUUCCAAAAAUCGAACGACAAACUUGUGAUUAAGCUAUGCUUUGUAGGAGUUUGGCAGCAAGGGGUGUGAAACCAUUAAUAGUGUGUGUGUUACGAGCCUCUGCCCUGCCCUGCCCAGCCUCUUGCAGGAGGCAUUAAUCUGCCGCCCGGACCUCCUGAAGGACAUGCCAUGUGAGGGAAGGGAUUGCUGUGGACUAUUGGAAUACAAAUGAACCCUUCUUUGCCCCUCUGUAUUCCAGCAGGUAAUACACAGGGAUCCCUGCUGUGAAAAUGAACAACAUUGAGCACUCGCAAAGCCUGCUUGUAAUUCUGUCUAGUAGCUGCUGGUAGAGGCUGUGGCCAUGCUGGGUGGCAGUUUGGUCUGGUCGUUUGCAGCUGCCAGUCAAGGCUGGGGUUGUGCUGGGUUCAGUUUGGUCUGGUUGUUUGCAGCUGCCAGUCAAGGCUGGGGUUGUGCUGGGUUCAGUUUGGUCUGGUUGUUUGCAGCUGCCAGUCUAGGCUGGGGCUGUGCUGGGUUCAGUUUGAUCUGGUUGUUUGCAGCUGCCAGUCUAGGCUGGGGCUGUGCUGGGUUCAGUUUGGUCUGGUUGUUUGCAGCUGCCAGUCUAGGCUGGGGCUGAGCUGGGUUCAGUUUGGUCUGGGGGUUGCAUCUGCUGGUCAAGGCAGGGGCUGUGCUGGGUUCAGUUUGGUCUGGUUGUUUGCAGCUGCCAGUCUAGGCUGGGGCUGUGCUGGGUUCAGUUUGGUCUGGUUGUUUGUAUCUGCUGGUCGAGGCUGGGGCUGUGCUGGGUUCAGUUUGGUCUGGAUGUUUGCAGCUGCUGGUCGAGGCUGGGGCUGUGCUGGGUUCAGUUUGGUCUGGUUGUUUGCAGCUGCCAGUCUAGGCUGGGGCUGUGCUGGGUUCAGUUUGGUCUGGUUGUUUGUAUCUGCUGGUCAAGGCAGGGGCUGUGCUGGGUUCAGUUUGGUCUGGUUGUUUGCAGCUGCCAGUCUAGGCUGGGGCUGUGCUGGGUUCAGUUUGGUCUGGUUGUUUGUAUCUGCUGGUCGAGGCUGGGGAUGUGCUGGGUUCAGUUUGGUCUGGAUGUUUGCAGCUGCUGGUCGAGGCUGGGGCUGUGCUGGGUUCAGUUUGGUCUGGUUGUUUGCAGCUGCCAGUCUAGGCUGGGGCUGAGCUGGGUUCAGUUUGGUCUGGGGGUUGCAUCUGCUGGUCAAGGCAGGGGCUGUGCUGGGUUCAGUUUGGUCUGGUUGUUUGCAGCUGCCAGUCUAGGCUGGGGCUGUGCUGGGUUCAGUUUGGUCUGGUUGUUUGUAUCUGCUGGUCGAGGCUGGGGCUGUGCUGGGUUCAGUUUGGUCUGGAUGUUUGCAGCUGCUGGUCGAGGCUGGGGCUGUGCUGGGUUUAGUUUGGUCUGGGGGUUGCAUCUGCUGGUCGAGGCUGGGGCUGUGCUGGGUUCAGUUUGGUCUUGGGGUUGCAUCUGCUGGUCGAGGCUGGGGCUGCGCUGGGUAGCAGUUUGGUUUGGGGGGGGUUUGCAGCUGCAUGUAACUUUCACACUGGAGCCCAGCAGUUCAAUAGUGAGACAUUUAAAGCCACUGUUCUGCACUGCUCUGCUCACUAGCUCUGCAGCUAGGUGCUCUGACCAAUGCCAUGGUUGGAAAAGGGAUGAAAUACCUUAAUAAGGACAACAUGUACAAGAGAAUGUUUCUUACUAGACACUUUGAAUAGAAAUGAAUUUAAUAAUAAACAACUUGAUGCCACUGAAACCCAGUACCUCUGUGAAUAUUAACAGGUUAAAUGAGUGAGUUCUGUUUCUAGUGGGCUGUAUUUCCCUGCUCAUGUUUUUUACUGAUCCUGAAAGCUACACACCAAGGAACGAGGCUUCGAGCAAGAUCCUUUAAAUCCCUCCCUAAAAUGCAUUCUUUAGUUUUGUUUUCUUUGUUUUUUUUAAAGGAAAAAAGUAAGCUUGUGUGAAGUGUUUUUUUUUUGCUCUUUUAUAUAUACAUUUCUCUUUGUGUAUUUGUGCUUGUAUAUUUAAGGUAGUAGCAAAGCUCUGUAUAGCUGUAAUGAAAUGUAUUCCUCAUUUAGAGCACCCAGAAGCCUGCCUUGUCUAAUGUAAAAAAAAUAAUUAAAAUAAACAAGCCCUUUUUGGACAUGAUGUGAGACCGGUAGAUUUCUGGGUACACUCACCAUUUGGAACCCCAUGUGUGGUUUUUUUUUUUGUUUUGUUUUUUAAUGUACAUUUGUUUACAUUCAUCUUGAUAAUAUUGUCCCACUUUCACACAUCCCAGAUUCGCCAUUGGUAUUAGUGCCUCCCGAUACAAUGUUAAUAAAAUGUUGAAGAUUUCUCAACACGUUUAAUAGACCUUUGCUCAGAAUCUUGCCACUAUAUACUGCCAGUCUUGCAUGCUGUUCUUUUUGGUUCACCUUGCUGUUUAUUCGCUUCACAAUGGGCAGACCUCACCCGUUUCCUGCAACAACCCACCCACAACUGAGCACACAAGACGUUUAGCCGUCCUUAUAAAUGUUUUUUAACGUUGUAAGCAAGCAGUACCUCUUGCGUGUGUGUGUGUGUGUGUGUGUCUACCCGGUUCCUGAGGAUGAAGGGACACUUUGAAACCUCACCUGAAUGAUGUGCAACUCUACCCCUGAAAUGUUUUGUAAUUAUUCUGUAUUGUAGACUUGCUUCAUGUCUGUGUCCAGCUCCCAUCUGUAGAGUCCCAGUCCAGAAACCAGAGCAAGGCUAAUUUGGUCGGAUUUUUAAAGAGCUUGCUUCCUUUUCCCAAGUUUUUUGGUACGAUUUUUAAAUGCAAACCGAAUGGUGAUUUGUACCCUCCAAUCUUCCUGUAGAGCCCCUAGUCUGGGGCAGUGUAAUAUUUUUUGCAUAGUUUGUGCCAUUUAAUAAUUCCUGUAUGGUACUAAUAAAGAUGACUUUUCACUUUAA